AAAAUCUGUCGCACCACAUCACAUCCGAGAAUUCAUAUAGUUCCUGACAUCUGAGAUAUUAUUUCAUUAAAUCUGUUCCCUAGUUGCAAUCUUUUGUUCCUGAGAAUGAUGAAGCGACAAAUGAAGACGUUCAUUCCAUGUUUGGUGAUAUUAGUAACAAUCAUUUUACAAUACUCAGAGUCAACCAAAGCUCUUGAAGUUGAGUUCAGUUACAUAGAAGGGAGCGCGAAGGGGCCUUCACGAUGGGGUGAGCUGAAAGCAGAAUGGGCGGCCUGUAAGAAUGGAACAGUUCAAUCUCCUAUUGAUCUGUUAAAUCGCAAGGUGAAAGUGUUGUCCAACUUAGGGGACCUAGACAAGGGCUACAAGCCUGCCGCUGCUUCUAUCCUCAACAGAGGCCGUGACAUAACGGUGAAUUGGGAAAGUGAUGCGGGUUCAACAAUAAUCGAUGGAACCCAUUUCUUUCUCCAAGGAGCCCAUUGGCACUGGCCAGCUGAACACCUCAUCAAUGGCAAGAGGUAUGACUUGGAGCUGCACAUGGUCCAUCAAAUGACACUGCCCGAUGGGACUAACAGGACCGCUGUGGUUGCUGUUCUCUACAAGCUUGGUCGUCCUGAUCCUUUUCUCUCCAAGUUGGAAGAGAUCGUAAAGGAGAUUGGAGAAGAGGGAGAUGAAAAGAGCUUAGGGAUAAUAGAUCCCUCGGAGAUAGAACUGGGUGGCCCGAUGUACUACAGAUAUAUUGGAUCACUCACCGCCCCUCCUUGCACUGAAGGUGUCAUUUGGACUAUUUCUAAGAAGAUUAAGACUGUCUCAAGAGAGCAAGUAAAUCUUCUCGUUAAUUCAGUCCAAUAUUAUGCGAGGAGGAACGCGAGGCCAUUGCAGCCCCUUAACAAUCGAGAGAUACAACUUUAUGUCCCAAACGCCUACAUUAAUAAACCUCAUUAUUAAUUUCCUGUAUUCGUUACUUCUGUUCUUGUACUACACGGUACCAAGAUUCAUCUGUUUUCCGCUUCCAAAGCAAUAAGUGCUGUAAAAACUGUUUACUAUGAUGCACAUUUACUCGUUCUAUAUCUCCACGUGUAAGUUUAUUCUUGUGUUCAUUUAUUUUUUUGAUGAAUAAUACAAUAAAGCCUUCAUGUAGGACUUAGGAAUA